AUGAGAAAGUGCAUGGCCCAAUCCGCACCCAAGGGUGCUGAUGAGUUUUCCCCCAAUGAGCAUCAUGAUAAAGUUUGCGAACCCUUGAACAAAGAUUCCGACGAUGCAAAGCAAGCAACAAGCAAGGACUACCUUUCGACGACCAAUCUUGUCUGCGAUGAAGCCAGCAGCGAAGACAACCACGAAGGUACCAACUGUCGUAGCAGCGUUCAACACUUGCUAGUCGCAUACGCUUAUCUUAAUGGCACCUGUGGCUGUCUCUUAACCGAAUCGAUCGAGAAAUGCAGGGGUUGCGAUGAUGUUGCCGAUCAGAGCAAGUUCAAACCCAAAGUUGACAGGAAGGAGGAAGACAAGCAGGCCUAA